UACAAAACGAUUACAAGGCCUACCCGAGCGUCGGAAAACCGCGUGUGCUAGAGAAGAUGUUUUCGUCGCGUAGCUUCGCCGUAUGCGCGCUGCUGACCGUCGCCGCCGCCGCGGGCCCCGCCGUCAACCCGAAGCUCGCUCUCGCAGACAAGAAGAUCCCAGCGCGCCGCCUUUACAAAGAGCCUGACCUCGCCACCGUCGACAGGGCGAACUAUUACAGCAGAUUGCUCGAGCAGUGCUGGACCGAGGUGACCGACGACAACUACCGCGUCAUCAUCAACGUCGAUGGCAACCGCAAGGACGAGCUGACGGUGUCUCUGCAGGACUCCAACGUGAUAGUGGUGAAGACGGCCACCGAGACGUUCCGCGACGUGCUUCGGGGCAAGGAGGUCCUCAACAAGAUCACGUUCACCGAAACUCGCCAAGUGCCACCCAAGGUCAUCGCCGCCGCCGCCACGGCCACGCUGACGAGCGACGGCUUCCUCGUCGUGGACUUGCCUCUCGAUGCCAAGGCGGCAGACCAGACACCCUACGAUAGGAACGUGCCCGUGGUGGAGAGCGGGAAGCCGCUGGGGAGCAAGAGACCCGCUCCCCCGCCCACGAAGCUGACGCCCGACGAGGCGUACUGGCUCGUGUGGUACAUGGUCUCCUCGCUGCUGAAGAGUCUGGCGUUAUACGCCAACAUCGAAACUAAAAUCGAGGCCACCGAUGACAGCUUCCGUUUCAUUACAAAACUUCGAAACGCCACGGACGUGACGAAGGACGACGUGGAGGUGUUCACGAACGCCGGCUACGUGUUCAUGAGCAGCUUGACCGGCCAAGUGGCCGACAGUUACAGGCUGCCGAGGAACUGCGACGUCGACGCGAUCACGGCGGCGCUGACCAGCGACGACUACCUGGUCGUGGAAGUCCCCAUCGUCGAGGGGGCCGCGAAACCGGCGUGGGGUGUAAAGGAGGUCCCUGUCGAGGAGCUCGGAUUGACGCUGGAGGAGAUGGCUGACAGACUGGAGACCGAAAACGACGAUGGCGACAAGGAGGUGGUUAAGGACGACGACGCUGACAAGUCACAAGAAGAUAAGCUAGUGAAAGUUGCAUUUUAGUGUAAAAUAAAGUAGCUACGCUUUUGCCACA